UGCUAGUCCAUCAUGUGCAACUUUGCAUAUCUUCUACUGCAGGCCCAAAACUAUGGGGCCGGGGAACCAUGGACUACAAAUCCCAGCAACUGCUAAUUUUGAGCAGGCCGCACAAGACGUGAGGAAGCUGAAAAGAAGACCGGAAGAUGAAGAACUCAAAGAACUCUACGGGCUGUACAAACAGUCCAUCCUCGGAGACAUCAACAUUGGUGGUACCUGCAUGUCCAGUAAUGUUAGAUAUGAAGGGCAAGGCCAAGUGGGAAGCAUGGAGCCUCCAAAAAGGUUUGUCGAAGGAAGAUGCCAUGAGUGCCUAUAUUUCUAAAGCAAGAGAGCUGAUCGAGAAAUACGGAAUUUAGAACUUGACAGGGGAGACAGAUCUCCUUUGAAAGCUUUCAUAAUAGCCACAUGGUGUGUAGGGGGAAAUGCAUUGACAACUGUAUAAAUCUUGUGUAUUUUCCUAAUAGCAUGCAUUCUAAUACUUUGGACUAUGUCAACAUAAUUACCUAAUUUUACUUGCUUGUGAAAGGUGACUUUAAAAAGUCAUUUUGUA